UGUCUUCAUUACGACAUCCGGUACAAUGGAACACAAGAUUUGAAUUUUUCUUUGCUUCGUCCCGUCUGCCACCCGUGUCACUUUGAUUUCAACAACAGGAGCGCCUUGAGUAGAGGAAGCUAUGAAUGAUGAUACCUGCAAAUUGUUUGAAAGAGUUGCUAAAAAGAUGGGGUGGACAGAAAAUGGAGGACUGGAUACAGCAGAAAAGAAGCUGAUAAGCUCAAUUGGUAAGACUCGUCAUGCUGCCACAAGUGGUCAUCAACCUGUGGAUCGAUCAGUUUCGCCGAUCCAGCUUGGCCUCUCUGAGAGUGAAGAUGAUGACAAGGAGAACCAGUACUCCAAGAGCAAUGGUUAUAGAAACAAGUCUUUGAUUGAGUCCAGUGACGACGACUUUGACCAGUUUCUUGUGGGAAGGGCUACACCCAGAGUUAAACCUGCCACACAGACGACAUGUAGCACUGCAAAGAGGGACAAUUCAAAAGUUCAACUUGUGGUGAGUUCAGACGAUGACAGCAGUUUUGAGACAUUUCUGCAACGAGUGAAAACCCCCAACACCAAGCCUAAGAAAAUCUCAGAGAGUGGGAGUGAAGACAGCCUCAAAAACUUCAUAGUGGAUGACCACUUAUCAGAUGAUGACUUUAUUGAGACAAAAUUAUCUUUUAAAGUGCCUAAGAAGAGCAAUACUCCAGCAGCCAAGCCUCCACCGAGGAGACCGCUGUCUCAGUGGGACUCCCCAGUCUUUGUUAGUGACAGUGAUGAUGAUGAUAAUAUUGUGGUCAAGAGUACAUGGAGAACUCGUCACUCAAAACCUAAACCCCCCCCAAAAGCCAACAAGAAUAACACUCUGCUGUCUGACAACGACGACAGUUCACCAUCGCUGCCUUUGCCUCCCGUCCCAUCUCCUUUUUCUCUUCCUCCCCACAAAACUCUAACAUCACUGGCCUCUCCCAAGCGGACUUUUUCAGCACCCUCUAAGCUGGAUGAAUCAACCAGUUCUGAGGAGGAGUUCACAUCCCUGUUGGAGAGACUAAAAAAGAAAAAUAAAUUCACAAGCACUUCAUUCUCACCUAAGAACACCAAAGAGUGCAGUAAGGAGCCUCCUGUGUUCAUUCCUCCUGUAAAGGGACUCACAACACCAGCCUCUAAAUCAUUAGGGGAAACACCUAAGCAUGUGAAAACACCAGGGAAAUCCACCAUCUUGAAGCCCACAGUCAGUCAGACGGAGCCCAGACACGGUCCCACCAGCAGGCUGGUGUUGUGUAAGACCCCAGGGUGCUUCUUGGAGUCACUUUCAAACCCUGGCUCCAGCUAUACCCGCAGUUUCAAGCAGAACAAGGAAGACCUCACCAGUAAACUCUACCGACUGUACAAUACCAGCGUAUUUGACAAUAAGCUCCCUGUCAAUAUGUCGGUGACCUGGAAUAAGAAGAUGCGGAAAACAGCCGGUUACUGUAUCACAGGGCAGGAACGAGGCGGAGGGAACCGCUACGCCCGCAUUGAACUGUCAGAGAAAGUCUGCGAUUCUGCAGAUCGACUCAGGGACACAUUGAUUCAUGAGAUGUGUCACGCUGCAACGUGGCUGAUAAAUGGUGUAAGGGACGGGCACGGAAACUUCUGGAAGCUUUACGCUCGCAAGGCCACGGUGGUGCAUCCUGAGCUGCCCAUGGUCACUCGCUGCCACAGUUACGACAUCAAAUACAAAUUCCAGUACCAGUGCACUCGCUGCCAGAAUACUAUCGGGCGUCAUUCCAAGUCGCUGGACACGCAGAAGUUCGUGUGCGCCCUCUGCACAGGUCAGCUCGUCUUACUGACAUCGUCCAAGUCGCGCGCCCCCACACCUUUUGCCAACUUUGUCAAAGAGAAUUACGGGACUGUACGACAGGAGCUGGCGGGACAAAGCCACGCGGAAGUGAUGCGGAAGCUUAGUGCAGACUUUGCCUCUAAGACUAAACUCAGUCAAAGCUGAGAUCCUGUCUGUAACUGCACUAAAAAGCUGAGAACUGAGCUGCACAGGGAACCACAGGGAGAAGGGAGUCUUAAAUACCUCAGUUAACUAGUCUUACAUCAGUGAGCAGCUGUGAUUAUUAAUAUUGAAUCUAUUAUGUUCUCCGUGUUAUAUCUGUGUUUGUCAGUAUGUGGUUAUAGACUGGACCUACUGUGACUGGAAAAACUGAGCCUAAACAGGAUGUUCAUGAGUGUCUGUGUGCAUGUGCAUGUGUGUGUAGAUGAUGUGGUGCCAAACAAUGCAGUUCAUACCACCUGUUAUCCCGGGUAUCUAAUGCGUUCUGGGGAUCAGUACGAUUUGGUCCAUUUUUUUACAAAAUAUCUGACUGAUUUGACUUUCCCAUUAUAAAUUCUUCAAAUAAAGUUUAAAGCGUGACUGUACAUUAAA